GGCGAGCCUGGGCGGGGCCUCGAGGCCGGUUUGGAAUUUUUGGCGCGAGCUGACUCCGCGCGCGUUCACGGGCCGUUCCCCUUCUUGGAGGGUGCUUCGUCCCGGUGUCCAGAGGCCCCUCUGCCCGACCCCGGCCUUCCUGGCCUCUGCGAGGUCCCCAGCGGCCUUCGCCGACCCGGAACCUGGGACCUCGCUGCUGCGCCUCGCUGCGACCCGCCCAGCCUCCCCAGAGUUCCCCCUCGCCCACCGAGCGAAUUGAGCAGCGGCCCUGCACGGGAGGAACUCACAGUCUUGCACUAGAUGGUGGUCCACAGAUGUGUCGAGCUCAGUAAGAGGGUGAGGCACUCUGGACUCCGCCGGGACUCCAGUACCAAUCCUUCUCACCCCAUAAAGGCCGUCUGACCAUGCCAGAGGUACUUGUGGCCCACACAACCUUCAUGUGGACAGGACAACGUGUGUGUAGCAGAGAAGUGGCUCUCUUGUUGGCCACAGGAUCAAGCACUGUUUGAGUGGACACAUUGCUUUGUGCUUGGAUCCUCUAGCCAUGUCCAUGCCCGCUGAGGGCACCCCACCACCCCUAAGCGGCACCCCCAUCCCAGUUCCAGCUUACUUCCGACAUGCAGAGCCUGGUUUCUCCCUCAAAAGGCCUGGGGGCCUCAGCCGGAGCCUUCCACCUCGGCCCCCUGCCAAGGGCAGCAUCCCUAUCAGCCGUCUGUUCCCCCCUCGGACCCCAGGCUGGCACCAGCCCCAGCCCCGGAGGGUGUCUUUCCUGUGUGAAACCUCAGAGACCCUGCAGAGUCCUGGCUAUGACCCGAGCCGGCCAGAGUCCUUCUUUCAGCAGAACUUCCAGAGGCUCAGCCGCCUGGGGCACGGCUCCUACGGAGAAGUCUUCAAGGUGCGCUCCAAGGAAGAUGGGCGACUGUAUGCUGUUAAGCGCUCCAUGUCGCCCUUCCGAGGCCCUAAAGACCGAACUCGUAAGCUGGCUGAGGUAGGCGGCCACGAGAAGGUGGGGCAGCAUCCACACUGCGUGAGACUGGAGCGGGCCUGGGAAGAGGGUGGCAUCCUGUACCUGCAGACAGAGCUCUGCGGGCCCAGCCUGCAGCAACACUGUGAGGCCUGGGGGGCCAGCCUGCCGGAGGCCCAGGUCUGGGGCUACCUGCGGGACACUCUCCUCGCCCUGGACCAUCUGCAUAGUCAAGGCCUGGUUCACCUUGAUGUCAAGCCUGCCAACAUCUUCCUGGGCCCGAGGGGCCGCUGUAAGCUGGGCGACUUUGGACUACUUGUGGAGCUGGGUUCAACCAGUGCUGGCGAGGCCCAGGAGGGAGAUCCUCGCUACAUGGCCCCAGAGCUGCUGCAGGGCUCCUAUGGGACAGCAGCAGAUGUGUUCAGUCUGGGUCUCACCAUCUUGGAAGUGGCCUGCAACAUGGAACUGCCCCAUGGUGGAGAGGGCUGGCAGCAGCUGCGCCAGGGAUACUUGCCCCCUGAGUUCACUGCUGGUCUGUCUGCUGAGCUGCGUUCCGUCCUCACCAUGAUGCUGGACCCUGACCCCCAGCUUCGAGCCACAGCUGAGGCCCUGCUGGCCUUGCCCAUGCUGAGGCAGCCACGUCCCUGGAAUGUUCUGUGGUACAUGGCUGCAGAAGCCCUGAGUCGAGGUUGGGCCCUGUGGCAGGCCCUGGUCACUCUGCUCUGCUGGCUCUGGCAUGGGCUGGUUCAUCCUGCUAGUUGGCUGCAGCCUCCAGGCCCACCAGCCACGCCACCUGGCUCUCCACCGUGCAGCCCCCUCCUGGACAACACCCUCUCCAGCAGCUGGGACGAUGACAGCAUAGGGAGCCUGGAGCCAAGAAGGAGCAGAGCUGUUUAUAGUCUACUUUGCCCAACCCUCAACACCCUGCUUGUCCUCUUUCUUGUAGUCCCUCACUCUCCCCAGAGACCAUCCUGUCCCGAAUCACUAGGAGAACCUCCACCCCUCGGGGCAGGCACAUUCCAAGGUGAGGAGCUGAGCCAGCCCAGGGUGGGGCUGGGCACAGUUGUCUCUAGGACCCAGUGUCGUAUUCCUUUGUGUUCCUCCCCCAAGGGAUGCCCUGGACCUAACUGAUAUGGACUCAGAGCCUCCAAGAGGUCCCUGCCCCACCUUUGAGCCAAGGAACCUCCUCAGCCUAUUUGAGGACUCCCUAGACCCAGCCUGAGCCACAGGCCCAGCCAGCCUUGGUGCUUUUAAGUCUCUGAUCUUCUUGCCCACCUGUCCCCUGAAAGUUCUGUAUCUAAUAAAAAGGAAUGCGUCCUGGGAACA